GAUAAAUACAAAUCCUCAAGCAUGAUUUAUGACCCCUCUGGUUUUCAUUGUUUUAGCAACAACCAUAUCCAAUGGAGUAUUUAAAUUAUCAUUCAAAGAGAUAAUGUAAACUCAUGAUCUGAUGGGGCCAUGUUGAAUAAAUAAAAACUAAAAAAAUCCACAAGGUAUAGGUAUGGAAAUGAGCAAUCUCAAGAACAUCAAGAUAAUCAUUUUAAAUAAAAAUAAUUAAAGUUGAUUUCUUUCCCUUUUUUGUAUCAAAGUUACUUGUUAGUUCUGGCUGAUUAGCUGUAAGAAACUUUCUUGUUACCUUAAAUUUGAAACUCUCAGAUCUUUUCUAAAAACCCUUUUUCAUAUUCCAUCAGUUAUCUACUUGUUUACUCUUCAUAUGUGUCUCAGGGUUUUGAAUCUUGGAUCCAUCUUUCUGUCUUUGUCUCUCUCUGUAUGCCCUUAAGAUGAUUACGCUAUUUUUCAUAGAAGCCCAUCUUGGGGAUCUACUGAGGGGCUGUGAUAUAUGUAUUUAAUUGUCGUUUCAGUUCAAGAAUCUAGUUUUUAGAAGGAAAUAUCUUGUCGGUUUUGGUUAAUUUAUGCAUAUUCUUGAGUUAAAUUGUUCUGUUUUUUUAUUUGAUUACUCAGAAAUACGCAUCAAUGAAUUGGGUGUUUUUUAAUAUUUGGAGGGUGUAACCCUAACAAUUGAGUGUUUAACAGCAUUAUUUUGAAUGUUCAAUGGUGUCACCUGGGUUUUUUCUUAUAUGUAUGCUCCAUUCUUUGAUGGCUUUAAGCUGUGGAGCUCUAAUGAUGUUUUAUAGCAAUGAGAUUUUUGUGUUUAGCCAUGGUAAAGAACAUGCCAGCAAGCUUAUGGGUUCAACACCCCAUGAUCAGCCGCUAAUCCAAACAUCAGACUUGUUUUCGGGUUUGCUUUUAUUUGCCAUUGGGUUUCUCUUGUUUAUGGUGGCUUUUGUGAAGGACAGAGAGUUUCAUAGCUUCUUUACCAAGGGCUGUGUCCUUCUCCAUGUAGCAAUGGUUAUUUGGAGAAUUUACUUUGGAAGGAAGGUCGAAGAUCUAGGCCGCGAUUGGCUUAGGCUUGUAGUUGGGGAUAUUGCAUUGGGAGUUUCUUGGGUUUUCUUUCUUGUGUAUUCAUGAAGAGAGAAGUAUGAUUAGUUCUAGUUGGGAACCCGUGAUGAUCCGUCUCUGCUAUAGAAAUACGGAUCUUUGAUAUUUGCUUGUUGUUGAGGUGUGUAAAAUAGUGAUAUAAAUAUUGGAAUUCUCAUUGAUUCAAAUGUGUCAAAUGGAUUUGAUCCUCUAUUCGAGGAUGGAAGCGGAGAAUUGCUUGAAAUCUUGCCAAGCAUAAUGGUUAAGCUCGGGAAUCAUUACGCACUAGAUUUGAUUCAGCAAAAUGAGGUUAACAUUUCUUAGAUAGAUCUUGUAUACUCUUGAAACUUUGAUUCGAUCAGGGAGAAACUUCCUUAUUUUUGUUUUUGGCCUUUCGUGUAUAAUUUUUCCUUGUUAUCUUGGUAUAGAUAAUCUUCACUGUAAAAACUUCUCAAAUAAGCAAUGAAAUGUGAGAUAUCUCUUGAUGUC